AUGUAUCAAGACACACGAAGAAAGAAGCUCAUUAGAGAAAGAAAUAUAGAAAAUACUGUUAUUGAUUUUGCAACAAAUCCAGAACAAAGUACAUUGUCAUUAUUACCAAUGAAUCAAUUAUGUAAUCUUUUAUUGACAUAUUUGUGUACGUAUUAUAAAAUUAAUGUAAGUACUGGUCUUAUUCAAAAACAAGUACGUUUAAUGCUUGGAAAGAAAGUUGAUUGUCCACCGAUAUUAUGUGUUCCAACGGUGUAUGAUACAUUAACACAAUACAAAGAAAUGUUCCAUCCUAAGGAUCAAGAAUAUGAAUUUGUUAUAAACGUAAUUGUGUAUGACAAUGAAUUUAAUGAAAAAACAAUGAUUAUUCAUUUAACUCAAAUUAGUGAUAUUGCAUAUGACUCUAUUGUGAGGUUCUUAAAGAGAACGAAAUAUAAUUGCAAACAAGUUAGAGUUGAUUGGAGAAAUAUGUUAUUAUUUUAUAAAGAUAUUGAGUCAUUAGAGUAUGCAGUAAAUAGUUUUAAGAAAAUGAAAGGUAUUGUUAUUAGAGAUGAUUUGCUUGUUCCUGAUGAGAAAGAAGAGAUUAAGUUAUAUAAUGAAGAUGAUACUUUAAGUGAUGUUUCAUUGAGAAUACUUUCAGGAAUGUUGAAUGAAAAGUUUAAAAAUAAAAAUGUUGUUGGAAAAAUUAUGAUGGAUAUGUCUGCAUAUUCAAGGGCUGCUUUAUCUAAUUAUUCUACAACAUGGAAGUAUUUAAAAGAACAAAAAGAACCAACAUUAGAACUUGAUGUUAAAACUCCACAAUUCUUUAGUAUGAAAGAAAUGUUUAUUGAGUUUAAGGUGAGUAAAACUCAAAUAAAUCAAAUUGUAGGAUAUCAUGAACAAAUUCUUACUUUUGAUAUGAACCUUUAUAUAGGCGCAAGUGAAGAUAAAAGAGUUCAAGUUCAAUGGAAUAAAGAUAUUGGAGAAGGAGGUAAAUACUUCCACUUCUUUAAAACUAUUUCUAAUGAAAAACAAAUUUCUUUGUUAAGAAGAAAGAAAUUAUUUGUUUGGAUUGAGUACAAAAAUAAAGAUGUUAUUGGUCAUAAAGCCAAUGUUAACUUGUAUUUCGAAGCAAGGUUCCUUCCAUUAAUUAGUCAAAAGAAAAAUAAGCAAAUUAAAAAGUAA